AUGUAUAUUUUUAGUUAUGAAUUCCGUAAAAUAGGUGGUGGUUCAAAUAGAAACAAUUACCAAUUAAACUCCGCUCCUGCCUUUAAAUCUAGUCAAAAUACUUCAACCCAAGCAAAACCAACUUUUUCUAAUUAA